AUGGAGGAAAAAUCAGGUGGGUUGUUGCGUCCCCAAAGCCAAAUGGAGAAGUUCAGAAAUGUAGUUAACUACUGUGGUUUUAAAGACUUAGGCUAUGUUGGGCCGGAUUUUACAUGGUGUAACAUGCAAGAAGGGGCUGGUAGAAUGUACCUAAGGCUGGACAAAGCGUUUGCCAUAAACGAUUGGAUCAAUAAAUUCGGGGAAGUCAGAGUCCACCACCUUGCUGAUUCUACAUCCGAUCAUUGUGCUCUAGUUUUAUCCGACCCAAAAGCUCCCAAACUUCCACGUUCUCGUAGAUUUCAUUUUGAGACGAUGUGGACAAAGAGGGAGGAUUGUAAGGAGGUUAUUAAAGCAGCUUGGUGUUCUGGAAAUGUUUUGAAUACACCGAACGGGAUUGCCUCUACUUUAUCGGCUUGUGCUGCUGACCUUAAAGUUUGGAGUUCAACUGCUUUUGGGCAAAUCUCAAAGGUAAUUCAGGAAAAAAGGAAAAAGCUUAGUGGCUUGAUUCAGCUUGAUAAGGAUGGGUCUUUGGGUGAAGAGAUAAACCAGAACAGUAUUGCCAGGGCUGCCGUCUCCUAUUUUGAAGAGAUAUACUCCACUUCCCACCCGAGCCAAUCAGAAGCCGUUAUUGCUCCCAUCCCUUCCCUGGUAUCUCCUGAGAUGAAUGCAAAACUUUCUCGAGCCUUUCCCAGAGAAGAAGUGGUUGUUGCUCUAAAGCAGCUUCACCCCUCUAAAUCGCCUGGCCCCGAUGGUAUGUCCGCUCUUUUUUUUCAAAAACAUUGGAGUAUAGUUGGUGCUAAUGUUACAAAUAUGGUUUUAAAUGUUCUUAAUUUUGGCAUGCCUUUAUCUGAUAUUAAUAAAACCAAUAUUGCUCUAGUGCCAAAAACAAAUAAUCCCCAAAGAAUGACUGACUUUAGGCCAAUAAGUCUAUGUAAUGUGGUAUAUAAGCUUGUCUUAAAAACUCUAGCUAACCGUCUUAAAACUAUUCUUCCUUAUAUUAUUUCAGAAAAUCAAAGUGCAUUCAUAGCUGAUAGACUUAUCACUGAUAAUGUAUUGGUGGCAUAUGAGAUCAUGCAUUUUUUGAAGCAUAAGAAAGGGGGGAAUGAUAGUUUUAUGGCUGAAAAGAUAGACAUGAGUAAAGCUUUUGAUAAAGUGGAAUGGGCAUUUAUUGAAAAAGUCAUGAGGAGGAUGGGAUUUAAUGAGAAUUGGAUCAUGCUAGUGAUGAAGUAUAUUUCUUCUGUGUCUUACUCAAUCAUUAUAAAUGGCACAACGUAUGGACACAUCAUCCCUAGUAGGGGACUCAGACAAGGCGACCCGCUAUCUCUGUAUCUAUUCCUAUUGUGUGCAGAGGGCUUCUCUGCCCUUAUCAAUGAUGCAGCAAGGAACAACCAACUCAAUGGCAUAUCUAUUUGUAGAGGGGCUCCAAAAGUCUCUCAUCUCUUCUUCGCAGACGAUAGCCUCCUUUUCUGUAAGGCUAAUGGCAAUGAGUGCAACAAGCUGAAGGAAAUCCUUGAUUUGUAUGAGUCAACUUCAGGGCAGAAAAUCAACACUGACAAAUCCUCCAUAUUUUUCAGCCCAAAUACCUCCCAGGAACUCAAAGAUGAGGUUCUAAGCAUUCUUGGGCCAAUGCAAGACUCGAGUCAUACUAAGUACCUUGGCCUUCCCUCUAUCAUUGGUAGAUCAAAGAAGGUUGUCUUUGCGGAGAUUAAGGAUAAAGUUUGCAAGAAACUAGCUGGCUGGAAGAGUAAAUUGCUCUCUUUGGGAGGAAAGGAAAUUCUUAUCAAGGCUGUGGCCCAAGCAGUUCCCACUUACACGAUGAGUUGCUUCCAACUCCCAAAAAGUCUUUGUGAUGACCUUGAAAAAAUGAUGCAGAGUUUUUGGUGGGGGCAGAAGCAUCAAGAGCCCAAAAUGGCCUGGGUUGGAUGGAAAACAAUGUGCAAGCCGAAGUCACAAGGGGGCAUGGGAUUUAGAAAUUUACAGGCCUUUAAUCUUGCUUUGCUAGCAAAACAAGCUUGGAGAAUCCUCUCAAAUCCGAACACCCUUGUUGCCCGCAUCAUUAAGGCAAAGUAUUUCCCAUUUUGUGACAUCCUCCAUGCAAAUUUAGGCAGCAGCCCCUCUUACACUUGGCGGAGUAUUUUCAAUAGCCUAAAGGUCUUACAUAAUGGAACAAGAUGGAGAGUUGGAAAUGGGCGCCUUAUCCACAUUUGGGGAGACAAAUGGCUCCCAACCCCCUCAACAUACAAGGUCAUUUCCCCCCCUCGCCCCAUUGAGGACUACCCAAUGGUUUCCUCCCUCAUUGAUCCGAUGACUAGAUGGUGGAAAGCUGAAACGAUCCGAGCCCUUUUCUUUCCUUUUGAGGCUAAUGUAAUUUUGAAAAUUCCUCUAUGUCACAAUUUACCGGAGGACAAACUCAUUUGGAUGGGUAACAAAAGGGGUGAUUUUACAGUUAAGAGUGCCUACUUUAUUGCAUCUAAAAUCCUAAACACAAUGGAAGAUGGAGAAUGCUCUUCCGGUGACCCAAUGGCUCGGAUUUGGAAGAAAGUUUGGUCUCUGAAACUCCCAACAAAGAUUAAGAUCUUCUCUUGGCGUGCUUGUGUUAAUGGCCUUCCUGUGCUAUCCAAGUUGGCUACAAAAGGUAUUCAAAUGUCUUGCAUCUGCCCAAUUUGUGAUGAGGAGCCUGAAAGCCUUACCCAUGCCUUAAUCUCUUAUGACUUAGCUCUCUCGAUUUGGUCACUCUGGCAAGAUUGUCCAAUUGAGAAGUUGCUGAAUGUGAAAGAUUUCAAUGAUCUUGUGCUCCACUUCUGCUCUCCAUUGCUAGACAAGCACCUGGAUUUUUUGUUUGCCAUUGCCUGGUCAAUUUGGCACAACAGGAACAAGAUCAUCCAUAAUGAAAGUGGUCUGCCCCCUGGUCUGAUCUGGGAUUUUGCUAAGAACAUCGUCAAGGAGUUUAAAGAAGCUUCCACAUGGGAUUAUACACCUUUGCAGCCUCCUCUUCACAACUGGGCUGCUCCUCCAUUGGGCUUUGCUAAAGUUAAUGUGGAUGGUGCUUGUUCCAUUGAUGGCAGUGGCAUCUCAAGUGUUGGACUGAUCAUCCGGGAUGAAUCUGGUUGGGUUAUUGCUGCUCUUGGUAAGGCUCUGCCUUUGCAUUUCCCAGCUGAGUGGACCGAAUUUAUUGCUUUGGAACAGGGAAUUCUUUUGGCUCAAGAGCUGAACCUUACUCAUGUUAUAUUUGAAUCAGAUGCUUCCUCAGUCAUCUCAACUGUUUCUCAAGGGAAGACUGGUGGCUCAAUGGGUCACUUUGUUCAAAGCAUCCAGUCUGCAAGUUCUUAUUUUUUCUUCUGCUUAUUCCAACAUGUGUAA